UAAGAACCAUUAUUUUUUUUUUUUUGAAUUUUUUUUUCACCUUGUCUUGUUGGUUUGAUUUUUACUGCCUUUUCUGGUUGCUGAGAAAUUGGGUCCAUUUUGGAAACAAGCAUUUAUGAUUCACCCAUCCAUGUGAAAAAAUUUAACACAAAAGGACAUAAAAAAUUCUAGUCUUGCUUUGCUUCUUCAUUCUGUAAUGCCACAUGCAUGAUUUGAAUGAAGUUUUAUUUUGAGAUAAUAAGAUUCAGUGUGUAUAUACAUUUCAAGGUUUGAAUUUUCUGGCUCUUCCAACUCUGAAGAUAGUAUUGUGAUAAAGGGAAGAAGAAAAUGCAGAAGCCGGGGCAGGCCGUUGAUUUCGCCCUGAAGGAGACAUAUCCGAAGAUAGGAGCAGGGGCAGUAACAGGUGACAAGCUAUCAUGCACCUAUGAUCUUGUUGAACAGAUGCAAUAUUUGUAUGUUAGAGUUGUGAAAGCCAAGGAUUUGCCUUCAAAGGAUGUAACUGGUGGUGUUGAUCCCUAUGUUGAAGUGAAGCUUGGAAACUACAAGGGAAUUACCAAGCAUUUUGAAAAGAAGUCCAAUCCUGAAUGGAACCAGUGCUUUGCAUUCUCCAAGGACAGGAUUCAAGCCUCAGUCUUGGAGGUUGUUGUCAAAGACAAGGAUGUUGUUGUUGAUGAUUUUGUUGGGAGGGUUUGGUUUGAUCUGAAUGAGAUCCCCAAACGCGUUCCGCCGGAUAGUCCUCUGGCUCCACAGUGGUACAGAUUGGAGACUAGAAAGGGCGAAAAGGCGAAAGGAGAGUUGAUGCUAGCGGUUUGGAUGGGGACUCAAGCGGAUGAGGCUUUUCCUGAUUCAUGGCAUUCUGAUGCAGCAAUGGUUGGAACUGAAUCUGUUGCAAACAUAAGAUCAAAGGUUUAUCUCUCACCAAAGCUUUGGUAUGUUAGAGUGAAUGUGAUUGAGGCUCAGGACUUGGUACCUAGUGAUAAAACCAGGUACCCUGAAGUUUAUGUGAAGGCUAAUCUAGGACAUCAAAUACUAAGGACUAGGGUGUCUCAAAUUAAGACAAUCAAUCCAAUGUGGAAUGAGGAUUUGAUGUUUGUUGCUGCUGAGCCAUUUGAGGAGCCUUUGGUUUUGACAGUGGAAGACAGAGUUGGACCAAACAAAGAUGAAACCUUAGGAAGGUGUUUGAUUCCUCUGCACCAAGUGCAAAGGAGGCUAGAUCACAAGCCUGUGAACACAAGAUGGUUCAAUCUUGAGAAGCAUAUUGGUGCUGAAGGGGAGAAAAAGGAGACGAAAUUUGCUAGCCGGAUUCAUUUAAGGGUGUGUUUGGAUGGAGGGUACCAUGUGUUGGAUGAAUCAACUCAUUAUAGUAGUGAUCUUAGACCAACUGCCAAACAGCUUUGGAAGCCUAGUAUUGGAAUUCUUGAAGUUGGGAUCAUAAGUGCACAAGGGCUAAUGCCAAUGAAGACAAGAGAUGGUAGAGGAACUACUGAUGCUUAUUGUGUGGCAAAAUAUGGCCAGAAAUGGAUCCGAACUCGGACAAUUGCAGAUAGCUUUGCACCAAAGUGGAAUGAGCAAUACACUUGGGAGGUUUUUGAUCUAUCUACUGUUAUCACUGUAGGUGUCUUUGAUAAUGGUCAUUUACAUGGCGGUGGCGACAAAUCCGGUGGAUCAAAAGAUUCUAGGAUAGGGAAGGUGAGGAUUAGGCUAUCAACUCUUGAAUCUGAUAGAGUUUAUACUCACUCUUACCCUCUUCUAGUGCUGCAUAAUUCUGGUGUGAAGAAAACUGGUGAAGUUCAAUUGGCUGUUAGGUUCACAAGCUCAUCUUUCAUAAACAUGAUGUAUCUUUAUUCCCAGCCUUUGUUGCCAAAGAUGCAUUACAUCCACCCUCUAUCUGUGAUCCAGCUGGACAAUCUGCGGCACCAGGCAACGCAGAUUGUGUCGAUGAGGCUGAGCCGGGCUGAGCCGGCUCUAAGGAAAGAGGUUGUGGAAUACAUGCUUGAUGUGGAUUCACAUAUGUGGAGCAUGAGGAGAAGCAAGGCUAAUUUCUUCAGAAUAAUGAAAGUUCUUGGUGGUUUAAUAGCAUUUGGGAGAUGGUUUGAUCAGAUAUGCAAUUGGAAAAACCCCAUCACAACAAUACUAAUCCAUAUCCUUUUCAUAAUCUUGGUUCUUUAUCCUGAACUAAUCCUCCCUACAAUCUUCUUGUAUCUUUUCUUGAUUGGGAUUUGGAACUUUCGAUGGCGGCCACGACACCCUCCCCAUAUGGACACAAGGCUCUCACAUGCUGAUGCUGCUCACCCUGAUGAACUUGAUGAAGAGUUUGAUUCAUUUCCAACUUCAAGAUCAUCAGAUAUUGUUAAAAUGAGGUAUGAUCGGUUAAGGAGCAUUGGAGGGAGAGUGCAAACUGUGGUAGGAGACUUGGCCACACAAGGAGAAAGGUUUCAAAGUUUGUUAAGUUGGAGAGAUCCAAGGGCUACAACAUUGUUUGUGACAUUCUGUCUUGUUGCUGCUGUAGUUCUUUAUGUUACUCCUUUUCAGGUUGUGUGCCUUCUCAGUGGAUUCUAUGUUCUGAGACAUCCAAGGUUUCGCCAUAAGCUUCCAUCAGUUCCAAUCAACUUCUUUAGGAGAUUGCCAGCAAGAUCAGAUAGCAUGUUGUAAGCAAGAUGGAUUAGUGCUAUUGACACUGCAUUCAAAUUACCUUAGACAUUGUUAAAUGACAUUAUCAUUCUGUAAAUUUUGUCCACAUAAAGUGGGAAUAUUAUUUCAUGGUGUUGCAGUUGUUUCUUUGGAA